AUGGACGGUGCGGACAGCAGUGCGGCUGCCGCCCUGCUGAACCUCCCCCGGGACCUGCACGCCGCGGUUCUGUCGCGGCUGCCGCAGGCCGACCUGAAAAAUGUUAGGCUCUCGUCCCGCGCGCUGCGGCACAUGGUCGACGCCGCCGCGCAACGGGUGUGCCUCUCGCAUGUUCCCACCGUGUUGACGGCGUGGAUGCCCUCGCUCGUGGCCAUGCUCGAGCGCACAGCCGCACGUGAGGCGGGGCACUGGCGCGUCGCUGUCGUCGUGCGCCUCGACAUGUCGGAGCGGCUGAUCGACUCGACGGACACCACGAACGACGAGCACUACGCCGCGGCCGUUGCGGCCGUGACGGCCAUCCUCCCAGCCGCACGUUUGCUACACAACCUCGAGGUGCGCCUUGCGGACCUCCACGGCCAGGGCUCUCCCAAGAGCUGCGUCUCCUCGCGGGCGUACUCGAUCCCGAAGAACCUCUUCCUGAACGCGAAGUUCAGCAAGGCCCUCGCGCGCGUCCUCGGGAAGAUCCGCGGCGAGGGCGCAACGGUCCGGGUGUGCGUCGACGGGUGCGACCUCGCGCAGUGGAGCCCCGGACCGGAGCAGAGCCGCGCACUGCGCACCAGGAGCGCGUGUGGCGCGCUGCCCCACUUGGGAGGACUCCGGGAGCUGCGAGUCGCGGGGCAAGGGGCUCGCCUGGCGGCCGACUUCCUCGCGGCCACACUCCCCCAGCUGGGAGCCGAGCUCACCCUGCUGUGCUGCGCCCCCUGGGCGACGCUCGCAAGCCCCGGAGCGCCGGAGACGGACCCCUGGGCACCGGUUGCCGGCCUGUCGCAGCUGGAGCAGCUCGAGAUCCGCGAGGCGCACGUCUGGGCCGCGGUCUGCAUCAACGCGCCGCUGCCGCCGACGCUCACGCGCCUCCGGAAGCUCUGCCUCGAGAACGCGACGCUCUCCGCCGACGCGUGGGCUGCGAGCGCGAGCUGUCGCGCGCUGUGCGAGGUCGAGCUCCGGCUCGGGUCGUGGCACGCGGGGCUCGUGCGAGCGCUGCCGAGCAGGCUGCGGCGGCUGACGCUCUCCUCGGACGAGCAGGCGUACCGCAGCGACACGGCGCACGUGCAUCAGCGCUACGUGCCAGGCGGGGCGCCGCACCCGCUCGCGCACCUGACGCAGCUCGAGGACCUCACCGUCGACUGCUGCUUCGAUGCGCUCUUCCCGCUCCCGGCCUUCCCCGCGCUGCGGACCCUCGCGGCGCACCCGCGCGCGGUUUGCAACCACGUUGCUUUUGUGGAGGCUCGGAGCGCCGGGGAGCCCGCGGCGAAGUGCACUGUGCGCACCCUGCACCUGCUGGGAUGCCAGGCGCACCUCGCGGGCGGCCCGAUGGGCGGAACGUUCCAGUGGGAAACCUCGGCGAGCAUGCGGCUGGGCAUCCUGCGUCAAGCGGCCUUUGCGGAGCUGCAGGAGGUGGUGCCGUGGGCGUUCGGCCGCGGGUCCGAGGUGAUGCAGUCGACGAAGAGCGAGCUCAUGAAGGUGGUGCGCGCGGGCGGCGCGGGUGCGCCCGUGCAGGGGCGCAGCAGUUGA